AUGAAAAGCAAGAUCUUACAGAAACUAUCAAGACGCAGAUUCAAGGUGUUGAUAGUAUUGUCUAUUUUUGCAUUCUUGUCUUAUUCCUUACUCGAAUCGCUAAAAAGUUCCGAUUGGAUCACAAAUGGUGAGGAGUCUUUUUCAGUUAUCCCCCCGAAGCAACCAUUUAAUGAGCAACAGCAAUCCACCCCACAAACGGGCCUGGGAAUUAAUGAUGAUAAAGGAAAAAUUACAAAAAGUACGUCAGAAUUUCCCUUGAACAGUGCACACAAGUUCUGGAAGCAAAUUUUCACUAUUUUCGAUGGGAACAAGAUGAACCUUGAAGACCAUUUUGGCCCACUUAUUGAAUACACCGACAAGUCGAAGCACUCGGGAACAGUAACUACUAAGGAAACUUUACUUUCACGGGCAAACAUGCGGGAGGAAGUUGUUUCAGAGCUCAAGAAGAGACACGAACAGGUGGUGCUGCAAUUGCCUGCUCAUAUGCCAGAAGCUACGUACAAUAAGGGAACGACAGGUGUCGUUUUUAUUGGUGGUGCAAAAUUCUCAUGGCUUACAUAUUUGGCCAUUAUGGCCUUGCGGGAAACAGGAACAAAGUUACCUGUCGAGGUGAUAAUGCCUACCAAACAAGACUACAAGAAUGAACAGGAAUUUUGCGACAGCUUAUUACCAGCGCUUAAUGCUAGAUGUGUGAUUGUACCUGAUGCUAUUGGAGAAUCUGCACUCAAUGGAAGAAAGCUCCUUACAUACCAAUUCAAAUCUAUUGCGUUGGCUAUAACAUCUUUUCAGAAUAUACUUUUGCUAGAUGCUGACAACAUGAUUGUAUCGAAUCCCGACCACGUGUUUGACAGCGAGCUCUAUAAAAAGUAUGGCUUGAUUACCUGGCCCGAUUUCUGGGAACGAACUAUUUACCCAACGUAUUACGAUAUUGCUGGUGUGCACGUUAAUGAACGCAAGAGAGUGAGAUAUGAUAGGUUCCCAUUGUUUGAGCCUGCUAACUCAAAAGGAGCACUUAGUGUUGGUCCUGAUGAUGCUGUGCCCUACCAUGAUUUAGAAGGUACCGUACCAAACUUGUCAACCGAAUCGGGCCAACUCAUUAUCAACAAAGCGACACAUGGAAAGACAAUUCUAUUAUCCUUGUACUAUAAUAUUUACGGCCCAGAUGUUUUCUACAAAUUAUUCUCAUUGGGUGAACAAGGAGAAGGUGACAAGGAUACUUUUGUCACAGCAGCAGUUGUGUGUAACGAGCCACAUUACCAAGUUAAAUCCUAUGUUCGAUCGGAGGGAUACCAUGACGAGCAAAACAACUUCCACGGUGUAGCAAUGGUUCAGAGGGAUCCUGUAUCGGACUAUAAUGUAUUCAAGGAGGUAGUGUCGAACUCUUUUGCCAAGAGUAGUAAAACCAUGAGUGUGCAGGAUCAAAUCAAACACUUGACAGCCCUCAGCAAAAAUGAGUUUGGAAGUGACAACAAUAUGACACCUUUUGCAUUUCAUUGCAAUUACCCGAAAUUGGACCCUGUACUUUAUAUGAAGCGGGAUGAUAUAUACGAUCCAGUGGAGAAAAAGUUGAAAUACAAGCUUUAUCAAGGUUUGAAAUAUGAUAAAACAAUCUUUAGUUCGUCAAAGGAGAAAACGGUCGAAACUGAUUUUGAGUUUGAGCAGUGGCUUCACAUCCAGGACGCUCUUUGCAUUCAGAAGCUAAAAUUUGAGCAUUUCAAAGAUUCUAACAUGCAAGAUUUGUGUGAGUUUGUUAAUAAUCAAGUAAAGUGGUUACUGCCCAGUGAGCAGGCAAAUACCUAA